AUGCUCUCGUCUUCUGCAACAACCUCUUCUCUCUCUGCUUGCCCUAACGGCGCAGGCAACUUGGAUUUUUCCACAAUGCGUACGUCGCCGCUGGGCUCUUCGGCCCUUGAGGCUUUCUCCUCGUCGUCACUCGCCGACUCUGUGCACUCCGGCGCUGGCGGGGCAAGAGGUGGCCAUGUGGAUCAUCGUGGUUCCUUUGCCCGUGCUCCCGGCUACGAAAGCGCCCAACGGUCUCGUUGCCCGUUUUCUUCUAUGCAGCAAGCCUUCUCUUCGCUAUCGCUAAACCGCACUGAAGCUGAUGGCGCUGCGAACCUUGCGUCGCUGCUUCCUCGCGACCUCGUUUUUGAUUCUCGCAGCCAUGAGCCUAUCCACAAAAGCCCCGGCACUUCCUGUAACUUUAAUACGUCCCUCCCCACCUCUGUUUCCGCCGUUCCCUCUUCGUCUCUUUUUGAGAACGACUCGCCUACCCUUGCUAAAAGAACUGCUCUGCACCGGGAGGUUUCUCGGCCAGCUGUUCAUCGGACAUCCAGCGACGUGCACUCGUCGCAUGUGUGUCCACAUGUGGCUAUGAAUUCCACUAACGGUGGAUUUUCUUCAUCGCAUGAGGAUGUGCCCGUGGGCCACUGCUGUUCAGGCAAGCAUUUGUCGAAUGGUGGAAAUUCGGUCCACAACGCAUCCGUGAUGCACCAUCAGCAUCGACUGUGGGCUUCACAAGAUGUUGCAGACAACGCUGUCGGUCAUCAUCAUCUUAAUUGUGGAGGGGCCAAAGCGGCGACUGCAAGUAAAUGUUAUUCCCAGCAUUUCUCGAAACAUGAGUUGGGCGAUGAAGGAUUCUCGCGAAUGAACUUUGAACACCCUAUGCGUUCUCGUUCGAGUGUGACCCAUCAAAAGGCAGGUUCGCCGUCGUUCUGCCCGCAUCACAAUGGCGCAUCCAUGUCUUCGCUACCCCUCAGUGCAGGCGAGGUUACUGAGCAUAGCUCUAUUUCAAGUGGUGAAACUGUAGCGGGAUGCCAUCCUUUGCUAAGCAAUGGUUCUACUGAUUACGGUCUUUCGGCCUUUUCGCCCACUGCAUCGGGUCUUUCGACGCCCAGCUCGGAGCUGCCAUCACCAGCCCAUGAGCACGGCACUACGUGCUGCCAUUCUCACGGUGCUUCUGCUCAUCCGUGUCCAUUCGUCGAAUCGCAUCCUCAUCUGGCAUCUCGUUUCCCUUUGUCGAACUACACGGGGCCUACUAGUUUCCAACAGUUGAACUCUUUUCACAAGAUCUUCAAUCGCCCGUUGAAUCCUCAUUUAUUCCCGUUGUCCACUGGUGGACUGAAGUCCGGUUUGUCUUCCGGCAUUGGUUCGCCUACUCUCUAUGGCGAUGAGUUUUCUUCGUCGCUCUCUGGCUACUCCAGUUCCGUGGCUUCACCUGAAUCGGACAAGUCUUGUGGCCGCUGCAGAUGCUGCGAAAAUGCCUCUCAUACCGUUGCAUCCAAUGUGUCGAACGCCUCCGACUCACCAACGCUGCUUAAUUCCAGCUUAGCUUCCUCUCAGCACAAGCCUACUCGUGCUUCGACGCAGCGUUCUCGAAGCAACAGCGCCGUCUUUAAUAACACGAAGAAGACGCAUAAGCAGCAGAAGCGUUCUGUGGAUGAUGGCAAGAACGGUGAUAAGAAGUGCUUGGAAGCUUUGUCUACCUCUCCUUUGGAAAGCUUUUUGGGCAAAAUCUAUCCUUUGUGCAAAGAUCAAUACCGCUGCCGCUUUUUGCAAAAGAAGUUGGAUGAGAACCCCCGCAACAAUGUUGCAAUUGUGUUUCCCGAAGUGUAUGCUCAUAUCAAUGAGCUCAUGACUGAUCCUUUUGGUAAUUACAUGUGCCAAAAGCUGUUUGAUUAUGCUUCUCGCGAGCAGAAGAUUAUGCUUCUCACUGGUAUUGCUGAUGAAAUCGGUGAGAUUUGUUUGAAUAUGCAUGGUACUCGUGCUGUGCAAAACAUCAUCGAGAAGCUUACCUCGAAUGAGCAAAUUUCAUUGCUGACUCUUGCUUUGUCUCCCCAUGUCGCGAAGUUGUCGUGCGACUUGAACGGCAAUCAUGUUAUUCAGAAGUGUUUGCACAAGUUCUCUUCUGAGAAGCUUCAGUUCAUCUUCACUGCGAUGGAGGAGAAUAUCGUUGAGAUAGCAACCCACCGCCAUGGAUGCUGUGUUCUUCAACGCAGUUUGGACCGUGCUGGUGAGGAGAACAAGCGCCGUCUUGCAUUCAAGGUCAUUGCAAAUGCUUUGGCUUUAGUGCAAGAUCCGUUUGGAAACUAUGUUGUCCAAUAUGUAUUCGACCUGCGGAACGAUGAGUACAAUGACAUGCUGGUAACCCAGUUCUCGGGUCAUAUCUGUGAUCUUUCUAUGCAAAAGUUUAGUUCGAACGCCAUCGAGAAGUGUAUUCGGGUGUCUACGCCUGAGUCCUGUGAGCGCAUGCUGGAAGAGGUGCUUCAGUCUUCUCGUAUGGAAAAGCUUUUGAAGGACAGCUAUGCCAACUAUGUCAUCCAAAGCUUCCUUACGCAUGUGACGGGUGAAAUGCAACAACGUCUUCUUCAAGCCAUUAAUCCUCUCUUGCCGAAGAUUCGUAAUACCUGUCACGGUCGUCAUAUUACUGGUAAGGUCGCUUCUCUCAUCGCAACUGCCCAAAGUGCUGCUUAG